UGCAUGCGCCAGUUAUUCGAGCUAAUCCGUUUAUGUCGCUGAAACCUCCGCCUUGCGAAUUGCCACAAGAAACUGAGCCGAAGCAGUGGGAGCCGGAAUCGAAUCGUGUUGGACUUCUGGCUCGAAAAAUCGGAGUGUUCCCGCAGUGGAGUGUGGACGGAACCCGGUUUUUGUGCACGUUACUUGAAUUUCCCAAAAAUCUUGUUAUAUCUGCAUUUGAUCCAGAAACUUAUUAUCGAAUGAGCAUGGUUGGCAAGAACAAAGCCUAUGGUCGUUAUGGCCCACGAUGGCGAAUCACAGUUGGAGCUGUGGAUGCCGAUCCAACAAAAUGUACAGCACGCUAUCGAGCAACAUUUGAAAGACAUGGAUUACCUGUGAAGAAACAUCUUGCAUCGUUUCUGGUCACUGAAGAUGCAGUGGUUAAGCCGGGAACGGAACUGCAUGUAUGUCAUUUCAAAGUGGGACAAUUCAUAACUGCCACUGGUCAUACAAUUGAUUGGGGUUUCCAGGGUGGCAUGCAUCGAUGGGGUUUCAAGGGUAUGCCAGCUCGAGGGGCAAAGUUUUAACC